CCAAAAAUAAAACUUUUACCCAUUUGUAUUGUUUCAGGUCUGCCCGUCAACAUUAUGGAGAUACUGCUGUGGGCUGUGUUCAGCUCAAACGUAUCAGUACAUGAUACUUAAAAGCCAAGGUCACCCCAGAGCACAAAAUAAAGGCGAAAAAAACUAUAAUGUAUCGUGUGUAAUCGAUGAAUUGGAAAAAAAAGUUGUUGAACAAAUGGACGAAGAUCUGCUUAAACAAAUCGAAGUUGAAACUAGGAACCAGUCUAGAUGUAGCCUAUGGUCUGAAAUGAGAUACGCACGGAUAACAGCAUCAAAAGCAUAUGAAGCAGCACACUGUGCUACCUUGGAUGAAACACUAGUUGAAAAUAUAUUGGGUGCCAAACGGAAGCCAUGAAAAGGGGCCUUGAAUUAGAAGAAGCUGUCUUCAAGGUACUUUCCAG